GGCCUGAAACGUACUGGGCCUUCUUGUUCGUACAGGGGUAAAGCUGGAAUUCUUCUGACGAGGGUUUCUCCCUACCCUCUCGCUCGCUCGCUCUCCUCUCCCGCUUCUACCGCCGCCACGGCUCGCCGCGACUCGUCAUUGUCGUCUCCUCGCAGCCGGAAACGCGAAACAACGAGCCGGGACUCCUUCCAUCGGAGCUAGUAUGCCCUCGCCGACGAUGCAUCACGUUGAGCCCGACCCUGCGGAGGAGUGGUCCGACUCCGACGCGGAAGAUGUCUCCGACUCCGAAGUGGGCGAUGCCCUGGAUUGGCUCGACGCUGCGGAGGGCGCUGACGGCUCAACCCGGCUCUCCGGUGCCUUCUCGACCUCUGGAGGUGCGCCCGCCGCGCGGAGGCCGAACGCGCACGGCGGCGUGCUCUCCCGCCCCCUCCAGCCACUCUCCAACCGCACCCAGAAGCUCGCCUCCCACAUCCGCGCAACCCCGUUGGAGGAGUGGGAAGGUAGGAUGAAUGUGGGGAUGUCGAAUUCGGUAACUACUGCAAUCAGGGACAGUAUAAGGGAGACAGCAAUUGGGAAGAUAAGGAACAACGAGAAGGCUGAUCGUGCUACAGUGGAACAGGCUAUUGACCCAAGAACACGCAUGGUUUUGUUCAAGAUGUUAAACCGUGGUGUUUUUAAUAACAUAAAUGGUUGCAUUUCUACAGGGAAAGAGGCAAAUGUCUAUCAUGCAACAAAGACAGAUGGCCAGGAGCUAGCAAUUAAAGUCUAUAAAACCUCUGUCCUUGUUUUUAAGGAUAGAGACCGAUAUGUUCAAGGAGAUUAUCGUUUUAGACAUGGUUACUGCAAGCAUAAUCCUCGGAAAAUGGUUAAGACCUGGGCUGAAAAGGAAAUGAGAAAUCUUCUACGAGUGAGAGCAGCUGGAAUCCGAUGCCCGGUACCAUUACUCCUGAGGCUUCAUGUAUUGGUGAUGGAAUUCAUAGGGAAAGGAGGUUGGGCUGCUCCUCGUCUUAAGGAUGCUGCUCUCUCUGAUGACAAGUUGCGUGAAAGUUACUUUGAGAUAAUUACGACAAUGCGGACACUUUACCAAAAGUGCAAGCUGGUCCAUGGUGAUUUGAGCGAAUACAACAUUCUUUAUUUUGAGGGUCACUUGUAUAUCAUUGAUGUUUCGCAAUCAGUUGACCUUGAUCAUCCUUCAGCGUUGGACUUCUUGAAGGAAGAUUGCUUGCAUGUCACUGACUUCUUUAAAAAACGAGGUGUCGCCGUCAUGACAGUAGCAGAUUUAUUUAAUUUUGUUAUUGAUCAAAACAUUGCUGAUGAAGAUGUCGAUGAUUACCUAGAAAAGGUUCAGCAAAAGAUUUUGGAAAGUGAAGAUACAGUUGCAAAUGAUGAUGAAAUUUCUCCAACUGUCAUUGUGCAGACGUUGGAUUUUGUGAAGCAGUGCGAGGCAGAUAUAGUCAACAUGUCAAUGAUGCAGCGCUCAUCCUUUGGUUACGAGCCAACAGCGGAUAAGCUUUAUGACCAGCCACUGUUAGGAUUUGUGCGGACUAAUAACGUGCAAACUGAAAAGCAGCAAGAACAAUUGCCACAGAAUACGGUGGAAGAGCCCUUGGACCUGCAAAAUAAGUGCUCAAUGGAGGAUAAGGCGGAAGAUGAAGAGGACGAUAGUGAAUCUUGUUCAAGUUCUGAUGAAGAUGGUUCAUGGCACGAGGCUAAUCCCAAGAUGGGACCGGAGGAAAUGAAGGCUGCUAGGAAGGAGAACAAGAAGAAAGUGAAGGAAGAGAAAAGAGAAGCUCGCAAGACAAAGAUCCCAAAGGCCGAGAAGAAGAAGAGGAAGAAAAUGGCAAAAGCAAAGUGCAAGCGGUAGCAAUCUCUGUGGGCAAUCAGUGAUGAACUUCGCCAGAUAGAUUGGAAGCAGAAAUCAGCUUUCGGUCAACUUAUCUUGAAUGAAACUGCGAUAUAACCUCUAUGAGUGUCUAUAACGAUGAAGGAUAAUGCUUCUCCGGUGAUGAUGCAAUCAGCGCUCUAUGCAAACGAUGCUGUGUCAUUGGAUUUUCAGUACGGUUUACCAUUUUGUUCGUGCUUUUGUGUUCUUUUUCAUGUAUUAAUUAGAUAGCUACUGGUAUGGAAGGAAAGCUUUGAAACUGCUAUAUGACCCUGAAGCGGGAGUAUAAUGCAACUGUGCAAAUGGUGCUGUCUCAUAAGAUUUCAUUUUUUAUGUACUUUGUGAAUUCCAAUUUAUUCGAAUAUAUAAUGCACACCGGCGGUCCUCAUA